AUGUUACAACAAAAACAAAUUUCAAAGAUCUUACAACAAGGAUUAACGCCAAUAACACUUAAUUCCAAGUCCAACUCUCAAUCCGCAACAACAAUACCAACCUCUACCCACUCAAUCAAGUCUAUUUCGUUAUUAUCUAAACAAGGGAUUCCGUUAAUAACAGUUAGCUCGACCACAGAUUCUGGGUCCGGUAUCAUUGAUCAAGAUUAUAAGAUAUACUCGAUAAUUGCAUACAAUUCGUUAAACAAGCCAAACGAAAACGACAACGAUAAUGACAAUGAUAAUAGCAAGAACACCAAUAAAUUAAAGAGUAAGGAGAAUGAAACUUGGACUAUAAUACAAUUUGAGCCGGGAUUAAAAUGCAUGAUUGAACGAUGUCUUGAUAUGUAUUUAGUGUUAUACUAUGAUGGUCGAGUUGACAACAAGGAUAGAGACGCGGGAACUGACAAUAAGAACAAUAAAUUAGAAGGGGCUGCCAACGGCGAUGCCGGCAAUGUCAAGACCAAGGAAACUAGACAACUCGAGGUUGAAGUAGAUGCGUUUGUAAAAUUGAAAAUGGACGGAUUGGUACUGAGUUUACAUGACGGUUUACUUGGAUAUAAUAAUGAAUAA